AGCUCGCGCCAGCCGGCGGCGGACAGAGCCGCGUUGCAGCGUAAGCUUCGGCGUCUGGCUGAGGAAGCUCCGGACGGCGUCCGCGCGCCUGGGCCUCCCGAGCCUCCGCUCCUCCUCCGACGCGCGAAGCGGCCGCGGCGGUGCUGCCCGGCAUGUAUCAGAGCCCGCGGCGGCUCUGCUCCGCCCUGCUGACAAGGGACGCGCCCGGCCUGCGCCGCCCGUCCGCCCCCGGCCUGCGCCGACGCUCGCCCCCGCCGACAGCCGCCCCCCGGCCCGCGGCGCCCCGACUCCUGGCGGCGGCCCCCGCUGCCUUGAGCGCCGCGUGGACUCAGUCGCGGACAGUGCAUUCCAUGGGAACCGGUACAAGCAGACUCUACAGUGCUCUUGCUAAGACCCUGAACAGCAGUGCCGCUGCUCAGCACCCAGAGUACUUGGUGUCACCUGAUCCAGAACAUCUGGAGCCCAUUGAUCCUAAAGAGCUUCUCGAGGAAUGCAGGGCAGUCCUACACACCCGGCCUCCCCGCUUCCAGAGGGACUUUGUGGAUCUCAGGGCAGAUCGCCCCAGCAGCCACCCAUCCAUUCGAGUCAUGCAGUGGAACAUUCUCGCCCAAGCACUUGGGGAAGGCAAAGACAACUUCGUGCAGUGCCCUAUUGAAGCACUCAAGUGGGAAGAACGGAAAUGCCUCAUCCUAGAAGAAAUCCUCGCCUACCAGCCUGACAUCCUGUGCCUGCAGGAGGUGGACCACUACUUCGACACCUUCCAGCCCCUGCUCAGUAGAUUGGGCUACCAAGGCACGUUCUUCCCCAAGCCUUGGUCACCUUGUCUGGAUGUCGAACAUAACAAUGGGCCUGAUGGCUGCGCCUUGUUUUUUCUACAAAACCGAUUCAAGCUGGUCAACAGUGCCAAUAUUCGGCUGACAGCCAUGACAUUGAAAACCAACCAAGUGGCCAUUGCCCAGACCCUAGAGUGCAAGGAAUCUGGGCGACAGUUCUGUAUUGCUGUCACCCAUUUGAAAGCACGUACUGGCUGGGAGCAGUUUCGAUCUGCCCAGGGCUGUGACCUUCUCCAAAACCUGCAGAACAUUACACAGGGCGCCAAGAUUCCCUUGAUCGUCUGCGGGGACUUCAACGCAGAGCCCACUGAGGAGGUCUACAAACACUUUGCCUCCUCCAGCCUCAAUCUGAACAGCGCCUACAAGCUGCUGAGUGCUGACGGGCAGUCCGAGCCUCCCUAUACCACCUGGAAGAUCCGGACCUCAGGGGAGUGCAGGCAUACCCUGGACUACAUAUGGUAUUCCCAGCACGCACUGAGCGUGAGGGCAGCACUUGACUUACUCACUGAGGAACAAAUUGGACCCAAUCGGCUGCCAUCCUUCAAUUAUCCUUCAGACCAUUUGUCUCUGGUGUGUGACUUCAGUUUUAAUGAGGAACCUGAUGAACUUUUGUAAAAGCUUAUCUGCUACAUGUUCUUAAUCCUAAGAGUCUUAACCAGGGAGGUUUCAGGAAACUGAAAUAGGAGAAGUAAUUGCCCGAGGAAAGAUUCUAGUUUUUGUCACUUUUUGUGUUUCCAGCAUGCCCUUAGACAAGAAAGGCUCCUUAAUUCAUAAAUGUUUAAAGUUAAAAACCUGCUGUGAAAAGGUGUUUGCACUCCGGUUGGGGCUUGUGUUGUUUCUUUUCCCUUCACAUUUUCAGUCAUUCACGGGCAUUCAGUUAGGUUUAUUUUGAAGCUUUUUCCAGUUUGAGCCUGCGGUAAAAACUCAGGCUUGCUGGAUGAAGUCCUCCAUAAUUAACAGAUAUGCAGGAACAGUAUCUCUAGACAGCAUAAGUUAUUUAUUUGUAGGUUUUUAAAUGUCAACAGAAAAUGCAUGGCAAUAUUUAUUUUUUAUACCUUUAUGUAAAAUUAAGUAAAUUAUGGCAUUAUGAAUAGAACCAUGCAAAAAACACAGAUUAUAGAAAGAGUAACUUAUUUCAUCUAAAAGCAUGCGCAUAAGGAAUUGCUCCUCCUGGAGAGAGUUGUUACUUGAUGUAAUAACAGCUCUGAUACAUUUUUCAUAGUCUUUGAAGCAUCUUCAUGUUCCCCAUGAUCGUGUUUCUUGAAGGAUUCUAAGUAGUGUUUAAUUAAAUGUUUGCGAUUAUUUAA